AUGGUUCCUUAUCCAGUGCUCCCACCGUAGGAGCUGGAGCCAUGCCCUGGCCGGGAACUCGCGCUCAGGCAAUUCAGAUGGCGAGGCGUUGAUUCAUUUUGCCAUGGUCAAUGGGAAGCAACGACUGUUGGCCAGCUGCACGAUGCAGGCAAGCAGGGCCGAGUUGGCUCCGUCGAGGCCGACUCCACCAGUCAGGCAGGUCGAACAUAAGCAGAAGGGAUGGUGCCCAGGUAGUUCCAAACGUGAAGCGGAGAAACUGGAAGUUGGUAGACCUUCCGAGUUGGGAAAUGCAAGUAUACCGUAGUACAUACUUGCUCGAGCAAGGAGCCCGCGAUUGUGGACAGCAGAACACUUCGGGCUAGUCUGGGCAGGCAUCAAGAUUGCAUUGCACGGCUUCGGACAUGGGGGGGCUCUAAGAUGUUACUUGCUUGGCAGCAGAUGCUGGAUACUUUCGGAGAUCGUUGCUCCAACAAACUGUUAGAUCCCAGCCCUGGAGCUGCCGCUGAGAACACAGAUGUCGGGAGUGUCUCCCCCUUGGCCGAGGCUGGCUGACAGGAGAGGCGGCGGACUCAGCCUUUGCCGUUGCCCGCAGGCUCUCCUGCCUCUCGCGGAGCCUCUCGUGGGCCUCCGCGCUAUGCGAGGACGCACCCUGCGACAGUCAGCCCUUGCCCGCGGCGGCGACUUCGGUGUCGCGCUGGAGGCCGUGGGCCGAAGUGGGCCCCCACGUGCUCCGCGCGGGCUCGGGCACUCGACCACGUUUGGUUCGGCCGCCGCCGCUGCAGCGGCAUUCUAUUCCUGGUCUAGCUCACUGCGGACUGUCACGAGCUGGGCCUUGGUGUCCUCGGAGGUGCCGUCGGAAACCUUCGCGCUCGUGGAGUCCGGCAGGGUGACCGACGCGCUCGGGCCCUCGGGGAGCUUCUCCUCUCGGCAGCCGUUUGCAUCGCUGCACGGGGUGCAGCGGCGUGUUGGUUUUCGAGUUGCUGGACCUCCCCUCGGAGUCCAGUGUGCCGUUGGAGACGCUGCUCGCAGAGUUUGGCAUGUUCCAGACUAGACUUCUUGGAUACACUCCAGCGCCGCUGCCGCAAGAGUUGGUCGGCGAAGGGCUGGCUAUAUGUAUCAAUGGAGUUCCUCUGCAGCGCUUCAGAUUUCGCCUUGCGAAGGUCUUCGAGCGUUCACUGGUACUGACAGCCUUGCUGACCGACGGUCUUCCUCCAAAAGUCGGAGGCCUGAAUGCAGAUGGUGACAUGCUCCUUGGCCGCCACCUCUUCGGACGAGUCGGAGGCUGGAGGGACCUCCACGAUAUCCUAGGUGCUCGUCGCCUCGGUUGCGCCAGCGCCAGCAGCGGCCAAUUUGCUUGAUGGGAUAGGGCUGGCCACCAGAACCAUUUGCGGGUGCGGCACCCCUCGAGGAGUUCGGCUCCUGUGAGCUCAGACAAAAUUCAUCCGCACCAGGCUCAUCCAGUGCAGCCGGCGGCGUGGCACACGAUGCAGCGUUUCUGUGGGCAGCCGCCUCCCCAGUGCGAGGUGCUCGCAUCAUGGCCAGAGGCUGCGCUAGCUGGGCACAAGCACAGUAAAAGUGAGAGAUGAGGGGCUGCACGCCCAAUCCAGCCCUCGGCGGUCACCACUUAGUCGCGCUGGAAGACGAGGAGGUGGCCUCUGGGCUAAAAGGGCCACCGGGAGGAGGGAGUAGAGAACUCGGAAGGAACGGAGGCAACGAAAGCGCCACGACGUCGAGCAGCAGCAGGAGAAGGGCACGGAGACAGGGAGAUGCUAUUGUUGCGCCGCCCGAGGUGCGAAGGCCAACCAGUGACCAGGUACUGCCUCAGGAUGACAAAGUCACUCCUCUUCCUCCUCACCUUCCCCUCCCUCGUCCUCCUCCUUAUCCCCUGCUCCUGCUCCACAUCCCCCUCCGCCUCUUCCCUCCUGCUUCUCCAGGAUGACAGCCAGCUUCGGUAAGAUUAUGGCGAAGUGGGGCGACAGACACAAGCUGGACGCCGCGAACUUUCAGUUUUAUUUCAGGCAGAGCGAGCUGAAGCGGGAGGAGACCUGGGCACCAAGACUUGUGGCAUUUCCACAAACAUUCGCGCCGGAUAUGUUGCGGCUGUCGGCUUCUAGGGACGGGCUCCAUCGUCAAAUCUACUCGGAAAAGAG